AUGAAGUAUCUCGCUACCUUGGCUCUGACUUUCGCCUCCGUCGCAAGCGCCGACUGGGCCCUUUACUGCGGCGACUCUUGCGAUGAUGGCACCCUUGUUGCAUCAGGAUCAGAUGCCGUUGACACAUGCACUACUCUUGGCGAUACAUAUGCCUAUUGCUCCAUCCUCGCUGAUUCCGAGUACUAUGUGAAUUGGUGGAAAGCUAUCUUUUUUGAGAACAGCGAGUGUCUGGUCAACAGUGAUGUGAGUGGAUACCACGAGAGCGCUGGGCUGUUCAACGGCUCCUGCACCAACAGUGGAACUUGGGAGAACUACUAUGUUGUCGUCAAUGCAUAA